AUGGCGCCCAGUCGGAUAGCCACGAAACCGUUCGUGUACUGCGAGGGAGCGUCCAAGUGGGAUCCCCAGUCCUACAUUGAGGACAAGGACCUUGCAGCGCAGGCGGCCGAGCACCUAGCCAAGGACGACCUCGCCGCCGCCGUUGCCGCGUCCUUUUCGCUGCCGCCGCGCGACGCCUACACCUACCACGCCAUCGUGUCAGUAACGCUCGCCCAGGUCCAGCACGUCGUCGGACUCGGCGCCGCCAACGGCCUGCACGCCUGGUACCGCGACCCGGCCGCGCCGCCGCCCGAAAAGCAAAAGCCGCUCCAGGCGUCCGACUUUCUCCCGCCGCCGCCCCGCCCCGACGUCGACACGUACCUCCAGAUCUUCGACCCCAAGACCGCGACGCCCAAUAUUCUCAAGUCCCUGGCCUCGAAUGCCAAAAAGGGCUCGCUGCGCGCCUCGGUGGCUGCCCAUCUGCUCGAGAAACGCUUCCUCCACCCCGCCCUUCCGCAACUGCAGAUCCCCCGAUCCAAGACGGCGCCGCCGAACCCGUACCUCGAGUUCCUAGCAUGGGCCUGUCGCAACCUCGAGUUCGCUGGUCCCUGCCCAGAGAGCGAGGCCGUCAAGAGCAGCCACCACGUCCUCCCGAUCCUGAUGCACCACUUUGGCUGCGUCUGCCCAAGUCAUGAGGCGCUCAGCAUCCUCAAGGUCCUGGCCGGCGGCCGCGAAAUCUGGGACAUGGGCAGCGGCAACGGCUACUGGACAUUUAUGCUCCGGCAGUACGGUCUGACCGUACUGCCCGUCGACAAUGCCCAGAGCAGCUGGCGUGUGACCUGGGUAAAGGACACGACCAUGUCCGACGGCGUAGAAUUCUUGAACAAGCCCGGAAACCAGGGCGGAAGCAACGCCAUUCUCCUACUCGUCUACCCCAUUGUGGGCGGCGGCAUCGCUGGCGGCGAGGAGGGCGGCUUCACGCGGCAGCUCGUUAAGGCGUACAAGGGUGAUACUAUAGCCGUGGUGGGCACGCAGAAUCACAACGGAUACACUGGCUUCCGAAGUAUGAGUAUGGAUGAGUACAUGGAGCGGGAAGAGCCCGAAUGGACCAAGGUCGUACAGAUACCUUUACCCAGUUUCCCCGGCAAGGAUGAGGCGCUGUUUGUCUUUCAAAGAGGUGACCGGGCGCCAAAACCCGAAGCAAGCAGUGCCACGUGA